AUGUCGGUGAGGUCCAGAGUGGGCAGAGAGGAGGAGGAUGCCCAGCAGUGGCUCUUGUACCUCCUGGCCUCAACCCUAUUCCACAGGCCAAGAAAUCCCAUUCUCAUCCCUCAGAGGUUAUUUGGGGAGGUGACUUCCCCUCUGUUUCCCAAGCCUUGCCCCAACAGCUUUGAAACAAACACUGUGAUCACAGUCCCCACAGGAUACAGGGUGAAGCUCGUCUUCCAGCACUUUGACCUGGAGCCUUCUGAAGGCUGCUCCUAUGACUACGUUGAGGUAGGGGCAGGACGGGCGGCAGAGGGGAGACAAAACGGGACCCUCUGGGAUCUGGGAUCUCCUGGAGGCUACUUCUGUUCCUGCCGUCCAGGCUAUGAGCUUCAGAAGGACAGGUAUUCCUGCCAGGUUGAGUGCAGCAGCGAGCUGUACACGGAGGCAUCGGGCUACAUCUCCAGCCUGGAGUACCCCCGGUCCUACCCCGCUGACCUGCGCUGCAACUACAGCAUCCGGGUAGAGUGGGGCCUCACCCCGCACCUCAAGUUCGUGGAGCCUUUUGAAAUUGAUGACCACCAGCAAGUACACUGCCCCUAUGACCAGCUACAGAUCUAUGCCAACGGGAAGAACAUUGGCGAGUUCUGUGGGAAGCAAGCCCCCCCCGACCUUGACACCAGCAGCAAUGCUGUGGAUCUGCUGUUCUUCACAGAUGAGUCGGGGGACAGCUGGGGCUGGAGGCUGCGCUACACCACCGAGAUUAUCAAGUGUCCCCAGCCCAAGACCCUAGACGAGUUCACCGUCAUCCAGAACCUGCAGCCUCAGUACCAAUUCCGUGACUACUUCAUUGCUACCUGCAAGCUAGGCUACCAGCUCAUAGAGGGGAACCAGGUGCUGCACUCCUUCACAGCUGUCUGCCAGGAUGAUGGCACAUGGCAUCGUGCCAUGCCCAGAUGCAACAUCAAGGACUGUGGGCAGCCCCGAAAUCUGCCUUAUUACACCACCACAAUGGGGGUGAACACCUACAAGGCCUGUAUCCAGUACUACUGCCACGAGCCAUAUUACAAGAUGCAGACCAGGGCUGGCAGCAGGGAGUCUGAGCAGGGGCUGUACACCUGCACAGCACAGGGCAUUUGGAAGAAUGAACAGAAGGAAGGGAAGAUUUCUCGGUGCUUGCCAGUGUGUGGGAAGCCCAUGAACCCCAUGGAACAGAGGCAGCGCAUCAUCAGAGGGCAAAAAGCCAAGAUGGGCAACUUCCCCUGGCAGGUGUUCACCAACAUCCACGGGAACAGGGGCGGGACCCUGCUGGGCGACUGCUGGAUCCUCACGGCUGCCCACACCCUGUAUCCCAAGGAACACGAUGCACAAAGCAAUGUCCCCUUGGAUGUGUUCCUGGGCCACAUAAAUGUGGAAGAGCUCAUGAAGCUGGCAAGUCACCCCAUCCGCAGGGUCAGCAUCCACCCGGACUACCGUCAGGAUGAGUCCCACAAUUUUGAGGGGGACAUCGCCCUGCUGGAGCUGGAAAAUAGUGUCACCCUGGGUCCCAACCUCCUCCCCAUCUGCCUCCCUGACAACGAGACCUUCUAUGACCUGGGCUUGAUGGGCUACAUCAGUGGCUUUGGGGUCAUGGAGGAGAAGAUUGCUCAUGACCUCAGGUUUGUCCGUCUGCCCGUAGCUAAUCGAGAGGACUGUGAGACCUGGCUCCGGGGAAAGAAUAGGAUGGAUGUGUUCUCUCAAAACAUGUUCUGUGCUGGGCACCCGUCUCUAAAGCAGGAUGCCUGCCAGGGGGAUAGUGGGGGCGUUUUUUUUGCCAACAUCCUGCAUUUAUGA